UUUAUAAAGCAAUGUGCGACUAAAGAAACCAUUUAACUUCAAGAUUGUCGAAACAUUAAAUCAGGCAUCUUUCAUUGUAACAGUAACCAGUCCUGAUGUCUCGUGAGCUGGCUGAAAGUAGCCACCUUCGUAGAGAAUAUGUGCUGAAUCCCAUUACGGCGCUAGCCUUUUACACGUCUUCCGUCGACGGGCAGCAGUACCUUUUAGCUGGAGAAGACACAGACAUUAAGAUCUACAAUGCCCAAAGCUCAUGCUUAUGUGGGCAGCUGAGCAUAUUCCAGGCCCAGUCCAUUCAUGGUAUCGCCGUACCACCGGAGAAUGUCUCAACUCGCCAACAUCGUCUGAUCCUUGUUUGGGGAGGACAGUCUGUCAAGGUGGUGUCUGGUGAUACUAUUGAAGGCAUCGUCUCUACUCAAGGUUCCGACCAAAAUUCUACUACUACAGGUAUUGCCGCCGAAGCUAGAGCGCCGGAUUGGAUAUUCGAUGGAAGAAUAUCGCCUUUCGAUGACGGCCGCAUUGUUCUACUGACUGCACAUAACGAAGUCAUCCAGGCCCAGGUAGACCUACAGAAUAGCACGCUCGUUUUUGGCGGUGUUCAGUCUCCUUCGAGGCCAAUCCUAUACUCAGGCAACUUCUUCUGGGUCUCACAAAAUUGCGUGCUUGUAGCUGCCGGCACGGUGUUCGGCGAAAUCCUUGUCUGGAAAUGCUACCUCGGAACACCACCGGGGCAGAAUCAAAAAUGCGAGGUGCUAUACGUGUUUACCGGCCACGAAGGAUCGAUUUUUGGAGUCCACAUCUCCCCGGAAAUAGAAAUCUCAACGGGGGAAAAGAAAAGACUGUUGGCAAGUUGCAGCGAUGAUAGGACUAUUCGAAUUUGGGACAUCACUGAAAAAAUUGAACAGCCCACGCACGAAGGGGCGGGCGAAUACGAUGUUCAUGUCUCAAAUGUGCGAGAGACUGGUUUUGGCAACAAUGUCCAGGCCAUAGACCACUGUGAGUCUGUGACGAGAUGCUUGGCCAGCGCCAUGGGCCAUGUGUCUAGAAUAUGGCAGGUGGAGUUUCCUCAGGACCAGCCAUUAUCUAAACCCUCCGAUAUCGUUGAACUUUACUCAUUCGGCGAGGAUGCCACUACUCAGAAAUGGAGCCUCUCCCUAAAAUCCACUGCUAAAUUAACGCAUCAGUCGACUUUUGCGAACCAUUGUGGGAAGCAUAUUUGGUCUCACGCUUUAGCAUACAGCGGCGAUAACCUCCUAAUAGGGACUGGCGGUGCUGAUGGAAAAAUUGCUCUCAUGGGAACGAGCCCAUAUCAUUCACCGACCGUACAGAGCGAUGACCAGGGUAUGCGUAUGAAUACGACUUCGGUUGAGAAGGAAGCUGUCACGUGGUCUCUCGCAGACGUCUUGCAAUCCUCAGAAGCAAACGAUACGUCAAUAAACACCCAAGUUCCGAGUAGGGCGAUUUCGACGCCGCGAAGCACUAACCUGAAAAAUGCAAAAGAAGGGUUUAACCGGUAUACAUUCAUUUCCGACUGCCAGCUGCUUGCUGCCACUAAUUCAGGCCGACUAUUUGCCGGCGAUUUGGAAGGCGGCCUCAAGUGGACAGAGCUUGCUCUCCCAGAUGAGAUUGGCCAGAUAGUCCUCUCUCAUGCUUUGCUUGGAGCCUGGGCGAUAAACCCAUUGGCACUUGUUGGCACAGCAAGUGGUAACAUAUACUCGUAUAGUGAAUCGGGAGGAAAGUCCCUUCGGCUACUCACAAAAGUAGACGGAAAGGUUGCGGAUAUAUUCUGCCUAUCCGAUACUAGGAAUAGGCCUACUAGAGAUAGCAAAAAUGGCGUCCGGAACGGCGAAGACGAGAUCUCUGCCACGGGACCUUUGCAGUUUCUCACCACUAUUCUACGCAGUACUAAGGCUGUCAUCAUUCAAACUGACACCGACCUCUCGGUAGUAAAACAUACCGAGGUUGUUUUGGACCCAGGCUUCAUGGUCACCGCUACUGCGUUCACUCAAGGCUAUCUUGUUUUGGGGUCAAGAAAAGGCAUGAUAACCAUCUUCAAACAAGAGAGGGAUAGCAAUUAUUCGCCCAUAGUGACUUUCGAAGUACACUUGGACGAAGCAAUCACUUCCAUUCUUCCUCUCAGUAGUCAGGAUGAUCAACAGCACAAUUAUUUUUUAACCACGUGCCGUGAUGGCAAAUAUAGGAUACACGAAAUCGUUACAGAGUCUGAUGAAAUAAAGGCCGUGCUUCUCCAUGAGACGCUACCGCCGUUUGUAUCGUCCAUAGAAGGGGCCUGGCUCUCUAAGAACGAUAACGGCACUAGAAACCUCAUGCUCUGUGGCUUCAGGAGCCAUAACUUUAUAGUAUGGAACGAGACCCAACGUCACGAAGCUGCCACGGUAGACUGUGGAGGUUCCUCCCGGAGUUAUGCCUGGACUCCCAUUCGAGAUCACCAUGACGGAUUUCGGUUUGUGUUUACUAAGGCAGGACAGAUGCACGUUUUCUCCCAGACACUGGCCCCUCACAAGGCACUCAAAAUAGGAGGUCAUGGGCGUGAGAUAAAGACUGUAAGCGCUUCUGGUCGUUAUAUCGCUACUGCAGCUGAAGACACCGUAAUACGGAUCUGGGAAUAUGUAGGCGACGAUGGUUCCCAAUCUAAAAAGCCUUAUAAUAAAGACCGGAGACUUCGCUGUGUCGCGGCGUUAGAGAAGCAUGCCACUGGCAUUCAAAAUCUUGAGUGGUAUAACAACGAGUAUCUCUUUAGCAGCGGCGGCAACGAAGAGUUUUUUGUGUGGAAGAUUAAUCAACUUAGUAGCAGCGAUUUUACCGGACUUGCUGUCGUCUGUGAGGCUGUGUUCCCUGACCGCACAGAGAUAGGGGACGCUCGUAUCACUGAUUUCGCCGCGACUUGUACUGCGAGCGAUGAUAGUGGCUCACGUGAGUUCCGCAUCUCCAUGGCGUUAUCGAAUUCGACUUUACAGACAUACGGGUACAGCAAAGAGACUGGGUUCCGACUGUUGGGAAGGGUUUCCUAUACUGGAGCAUGUCUUACGCAAGUUAGACAUCUAGGAGCCUCUCACAUCCUCACUGCGGCAACAGACGGCCAUCUAGCAAUAUAUCCCUGCACGAGUUCUGCUUCGUUUGCUGAGAAUGGGGCUUCUAUUUCUAACGACGUGGUGCCUGUUAUUGCAAGACUUCACCAGAACACCAUCAAAACACUCGAUGUGCGGCAAGUCACUUCCGUGGAGAACGGGGUAUCCUCAAUCGAAUACCUCGUCAUCACGGGUGGUGACGAUAAUGCGUUGGGAAUUAUGCAUCUUUCGCUCUCCCUUCCCUCUUCUUCCCAAGAAAAUACCCCGGGGAACAUCUCCAUCCAAAGCAAAUCCAUCAUCCGCUCCGCUCACGCCGCCGCAGUCACCGGUGUGGCGAUCGCACGGAUUACAAAAACAGGCGACGCCUUCGUGGUCUCGGCGAGCAACGACCAGCGCGUCAGGGUCUGGCGACUGGUUGCUGGCUGGCACCGGGAAGCGCAGUCGGGGCUGAGGGCGCAGUUGGUUGAUGAGAGGUAUAGCUCCAUUGCUGAUGCCGGGGGCUUGGAGGUUCUCGACAACGUAGAUGGAGAUGGGGAUGGAGAUGGGGAUGGAGAAGGAGAAGGAGAGGGAGAGAGUGAGAAGAAGAAAUUCAUAGUUGUCGGGGUCGGCGCUGAAGUCUGGGAGUUGGGGGGUAUGGAAUAAAAGG